AUGAAACAGAAAUCAAACGUUUCACCGCAUAUUGUGUUUUGCCAAGUUUGUAAAAGUGAUGUUGAUAUUUCUAACAGUGGUCGCAGUAAUAUCAAACAACAUUUGUCAAAGAAAAAACACGUGUUGGCUACUAAUGCGAACUCGAAGAGCAGCAAAUUGGAAACCUUUGUUAAAAAAGAAAAUUUAAGUUCUGAAAAUAUGUUGAUUGCUGCCAAGGAAGGUACUUUUGCUUACCAUAAAAUUAAGCAUUUGCAAAGUUUCAAAUCCUUAGACUGGACGUCAAAACUAAUCGUAAGCAUGUUUGAACAUAAUUUAGGACACCUCGAACCAAGACUGAGGCGAUCGUAA